CCCCCCCCACCCCGUGGGUGGGUGAGCCGAGCUGCUGAGUGAAUCUGUCCGGCUGAUGAUGGAGCUGAGACUGUAAUGGCGGCCGGCGGCGGCGGCAGGAGCAGCAGCGGCGGCGGCUGGAGCUCGGCGCUGCUCUGACACCCGGCUAGUGCUCCGCGUGGCCUUGACACCCCCGGGCCGGUCCCUCCCCACAAGCAGCGCCGCUCCGGACUCGGGACACCAGGCGGGAGGAGCAGCAGCAGGAGCAAGAGGAGGCGGGGGAAGGACUCCCCACAGACAAUGGACGAACAUCCCGGAGCCGGCGGCGGGAUCAUGGCAGGCCCCAGCCCGAGGCCGCAGCAGCAGCAAGGGCCGCUGCCGCCCGCCGGAGGAAACGCGAACUCCCAGCUGCUCGGCCAAGGCUGCGCGGGGCCCGGCGGCGGAGGCAACCUGCCGCCACAGCAGCAACCCCAAGGCCCGGCGGCAGCGGCGGCUCCGGAAGCGGUGGGCCCCGGCGGCGGCGGCUCGGAGCUGUCCCGGCCUCAACACUACACCAUCCCGGGGAUCCUGCACUACAUCCAGCACGAAUGGGCCCGCUUCGAGAUGGAGCGCGCGCACUGGGAGGUGGAAAGGGCCGAGCUCCAGGCUCGGAUCGCAUUUUUGCAAGGUGAAAGAAAAGGUCAAGAAAACUUGAAGAAAGAUUUAGUAAGAAGAAUAAAAAUGUUAGAAUAUGCAUUAAAACAAGAAAGGGCAAAAUAUCAUAAACUAAAAUAUGGCACAGAAUUGAACCAAGGUGACUUGAAAAUGCCAACUUUUGAAUCAGAAGAAACCAAAGAUACAGAGGUUCCUACAGUACCACAUAAUAGUCAGCUAACCUGGAAGCAAGGCAGACAGUUAUUAAGACAGUAUCUUCAGGAAGUAGGUUACACAGAUACAAUAUUGGAUGUGCGGUCACAGAGGGUGAGGUCUUUACUUGGGCUUUCCAGUUCAGAACCAAACGGCUCAGUGGAGACAAAAAAUUUGGAACAGAUUCUUAAUGGUGGAGAAUCAAAACAAAAGGGACAGGACAAUAAAAGGAACCCUGGUGAUGUUCUUGAAACAUUUAAUUUCUUGGAAAAUGCAGAUGAUAGUGACGAAGAAGAAGAGAGUGACAUGAUAGAAGAUAUUGCAGAUGGAAAAGAAAAACACCGGAUAAAUAAAAAACACAAAAUUGGAAAUGAAGGGCUAGCAGCUGACCUAACAGAUGAUCCAGACACAGAAGAAGCCUUGAAAGAGUUUGAUUUCUUGGUAACUGCAGAAGAUGGAGAGGGAGCCGGAGAGGCAAGGAGUUCAGGAGAUGGGACAGAAUGGGACAAAGAUGACCUGUCCCCAACUGCUGAGGUUUGGGAUGUAGACCAGGGACUAAUAAGUAAACUGAAGGAACAGUACAAGAAGGAACGAAAGGGGAAGAAAGGGGUAAAGAGGGUCAACAGGACUAAACUGCACGACAUGAUAGCUGAUCUGGGCGAUGAUGAGCUACCCCACAUCCCUUCAGGAGUCAUUAAUCAAUCUAGGUCACCCUCUUCUAGAAUGACUGAUCAUGAAGGUGCAAGAGCAGAGGAAGCUGAGCCAAUUACGUUUCCAUCUGGAGGGGGCAAGUCAUUUAUUAUGGGUUCAGAUGACGUUUUGUUAAGUGUUCUGGGCCUUGGGGACCUUGCAGACUUGACUGUAGCUAAUGAUGCAGAUUACAGUUACGAUCUGCCAGCCAACAAAGAUGCCUUUCGGAAAACAUGGAAUCCUAAGUAUACGCUACGCAGCCACUUCGAUGGAGUGCGGGCAUUAGCUUUUCAUCCUGUAGAGCCUGUGCUGGUUACGGCCUCUGAGGACCAUACCCUAAAACUCUGGAACUUGCAAAAGACAGUUCCUGCCAAAAAGAGUGCCUCUUUAGAUGUGGAACCUAUCUACACAUUUAGAGCCCAUAUUGGACCUGUAUUAUCAUUGGCAGUUAGUUCCAAUGGAGAGCAGUGUUUUAGUGGUGGAAUAGAUGCAACUAUACAAUGGUGGAACAUGCCUAGCCCAAAUGUGGAUCCUUAUGAUACAUAUGAGCCAAACGUUCUAGCUGGCACAUUAAUUGCUCACACUGAUGCGGUCUGGGGUCUUGCUUAUAGCGGUAUAAAGAAUCACUUACUAUCUUGCUCAGCAGAUGGCAGUAUUAGAUUAUGGAAUCCACCAGAAAAAGUGCCCUGCAUUUGCACUUACAAUGGAAAUAGAGAGUAUGGAAUACCCACAUCAGUUGACUUUAUAGGUUGUGAUCCUGCUCAUAUGGUGACAUCAUUUAGCACUGGCAACACCGUCAUCUAUGAUUUGGAAACAUCCCAGGCACUGGUAAUGCUUUCAUCACAGACUGAUUCUGGUUUACAAUCAAACAAUCACAUUAACAGGGUAGUAAGUCACCCAACACUCCCUGUAACAAUAACAGCUCAUGAAGAUAGACACAUCAAGUUUUUUGACAAUAAAACGGGUAAAAUGAUCCAUUCUAUGGUUGCUCACUUGGAUGCUGUCACAAGUUUAGCUGUGGACCCUAAUGGAAUCUACUUGAUGUCUGGAAGUCAUGACUGCUCUAUUAGAUUGUGGAAUUUGGACAGCAAAACGUGUGUGCAAGAAAUAACAGCCCAUAGGAAAAAGCUGGAUGAAUCCAUUUAUGACGUAGCUUUUCAUCCAUCGAAAGCAUAUAUUGCCAGUGCAGGAGCCGAUGCCCUUGCCAAAGUAUUUGUGUGACAUAACAAAGCAAACCUGCAUCUCAUGUAGCAGGUUUGCCUGGACGAAAAGAGGGAAUGCGUCACUGCCAUCACUGAAACGGUUACUGAUGAGACACUACAUGUGACCAGCCUCAGCAGAGACUGUGUGUUUGGGGCAGAUUUAGAUUGGUCAAAUCACGAUCUCGUGAAUAACGCUGGGCUGAUUCAUUUAACUGUAAUUACUGUAUUUUUGAAAGGAAAAAAAAAAGCAAACCAGUAUUUGUAGCCUUGACUGGAUAUGGACUGAGCGUUUGUCUGUUAUUUAGGUGUGUCUUUAAACGAACGUGGAGUCGGAUCUUAUUAAAGACUUUUAUUUUGGACUCUGUGUGCUGCCUUAGGGUUAGGAAUGUGGUGCUCUUGUUGGGGGAGUGAGCUCCAAGAGUAGCUUUCUUUGCAUCUCUUAGUAUCUUCACUUAUCAGUCAAAUGCCACAGAUUCCCCUUUUAAACUUUUAUUUUGCUUUAAAGAAAAAGGAAUUAACUUAAAAUAUUUAGCAUUAGUUGCACAAAAUAUUUGGAUAAAAUUCUAGUUUUUAUAUGUCUUUUAUAUAUUUAGCCUGUCACAACAGUGCUCAAGAUUGUAUGGAUGAUGUUUUUUCUGCAUUAUAGGACCCGAAACCACAGAGAUCUUGCUGGCCCGCUGCCCUGUAACAAUACCGUUUCCUUUGUUAUCUAAUGAAGCUCAACUAAGUCCUUUCAUCAGGAUGCUAAUUCAUCAUCAUUGCAUAACUGGCUUCCUAAAGGACUGUAAAUAAUUGUGUAAGCGAAACACAAAGGAACUAAGUACCCCCAGCCCUCCCAAUGAACUUUUAAAAUUAAUCUUUGCAUCCUAUCACUAUGUGAUAUUUUGUACAUCUUAACUGUAUUUACGAGAUUAUUUAUCAAGGAUUACCCAUCUGGCUAAUGGCCUAUUAUUUAUUUCAUUUUUGUUGGUCUUUAUAUUCUUUUUAUGUAGCGUAUCAAGGGGCCCUGUAUAUCUAUUAUGGCACUCUUCGAACAGUCUAAAAUAGAUUAAAAAUGGGACAUGUAAUAGUUUUAAAAGUUAGACAGACUUUUUCCAGUUAAGUGUCUGGAGUAAAGUUGAUUCCAGGAAGUCAUUUCAGAACUUUUGGAGUGAAAAUGUUUUAUUUGCGGUUCAAAUAGAAUGCAAAAGUAGUUGAAUCAAGAGUCAGAAAUUGGCUGUGUUUGGAAUAGUUAUUCUCUGCUUUGAUUUGUUUUUUUCGGAUGUGCUUCAGUUUAUGGUGUAACAAAAAGAUUUCGUUUGUGUAACUGCAUGAUUAAGACAAUAAAGUAUUUUUUCUAGUCUUCCACAAAAAUCUUUCUGAUCAGUUUGCAAGUUUUGAUGAGUUUUGUAAGUUUUCUGUUUUACAAACUAUGAAUCAGCAAAUUUUUAAGAUUGUACAACAUAGCAAAAGUACAGCUGUUUAAAAAAAAUAAUGUAUAUAAAAUGCAUAUAAUAAAUACUAAAUGGUGUACCUGUA